UUAUUGGGAGCUGGGAAUGUGCAGCCUGGUCCCUCCCAAAGCCAAAGUAGUGAUUCAUUUCCCUGUAUCCCCCGGCCCGGCACGGGUGUCAUCUUACACUCCUUAUAUAGGCUGAGAGCCGGGGAGCGCUGGCAGGGCUCUGUCCUUCUUCCGCCCGCUACUAUUACUGCCGCUGCUGCCCCGGGUGAGACGCUGAGCUGCAUCAGAUACUGCUGCGUUAGAUACUGCUGCUAUUUGGUGACAUGGAGGAAUACAAGGUGACUCUGGAUGGGCCAGCGCCCUGGGGCUUCCGACUGCAAGGAGGCAAGGAUUUUAACAUGCCCCUCUCCAUCUCCCGGCUAACUCCAGGGGGAAAGUCAGAGCUGGCUGGAGUCAAUGUGGGUGAUUGGCUGCUUCAGAUUGAGGGUGACAGCACAUCAUCAAUGACUCAUAUUGAAGCGCAGAACAAGAUCAGAGCCAGCAGCAACAAACUGGGCCUUGUCCUGAGCAGAUUUGCUGUAGGUGCGAAUCAGCCCAAGGGUGUACACACGCCUGAAUCCCAAGGCCGGAAGUAUAACUUUGCACCCAGUACGGCUCUCAACAAAAGUGCCCGACCGUUUGGUGCUGGGACACCACCCCCAGACAACUCCCGGCCUGGUCAAGUCACCAAGUCCGUGGCUUACAAUCCUCCUCAAACUUCUCAUACUACCAGCCAAAUGCCACAAGGCCAGCUUCAGAACGGGCAGGAGAGCAAGACAGUAUCCACUGUAUCUGGGAAAGAUACAACAGAUCAUCCCAUUCCACCUGCACCUUCUACUGGGCCUGCUGUACGUCCACCUUGGACUACAGAUCCCACUUUUGCUGAUCGUUAUGCUCCUGACAAGACAACCACCGUUAUGACCAAGCACACACAACCAGCAACACCAACUCCAGCCCAGAGCCGGAACUCUAUCCUACAGGCGGCACAGGUCCCUUCUUCCGGAGACAAGACUCCAGUCUGCUCUCAGUGUAAUAAGAUCAUCCGAGGUCGGUUCUUGCUGGCACUGGGGAGAUACUACCAUCCUGAGGAAUUCACUUGCUCACAGUGCCACAAAGUGCUUGAGGAAGGAGGCUUCUUUGAGGAGAAGGGUUCCAUAUUCUGUCCACACUGCUAUGAUGCCAGGUUUGCUCCCAAUUGCGCCAAGUGCAAGAAGAAGAUCACAGGGGAAAUCAUGCAUGCAUUAAAGAUGACCUUCCAUGUUCCAUGUUUUACUUGUGCAUACUGCAAGACUCCAAUACGCAACCGUGCAUUUUACAUGGAGGAUGGGAAGCCAUACUGUGAAAAAGAUUAUGAGCAGAUGUUUGGCACCAAGUGCAGAGGCUGUGACUUUAAGAUCGAUGCCGGCGAUCGCUUUUUGGAAGCCCUGGGAUUCAGCUGGCAUGACACCUGCUUUGUAUGUGCAAUCUGCCAAAUGAAUUUGGAAGGCAAGACAUUUUACUCCAAGAAAGACAAGCCUCUAUGCAAGACUCAUGCCUUCUCCAACGUCUGAGCCACCAAUCACUCUAACAAAGAAGCACACACUCUCACUCACAAGAGCAGACAUGCACACUCACAGACAUGUACACUCAUGCACACUACAGAGAAGUCCCCUGCUGUUCCAUUACUUCUAUUUAGAUUAUCUUUAGCUUUAAAAGGAAUCAUUUUGAAGGGCCUGAUGAAUAGAAAUUCCAUCUGCAUACAGCAGCACUGUCAUGAAACACUGAACUUUCAUUUUCAGCAAUAUAUUUCCUGGAGUUCAACUAUAUGAGCCUUUAGCUUUAGGUGCUAUAGAAGAAGCAUGUAGUCCAUUAUGGAUCUUUUUCCCUAGAUUGGAGGCUCAUUAAAGUUGGCUUCAGGGGAUCUGGUGCAAUUGACAUUUAAAAUAUUUGACAAGAAGAUCAAGAACAGCCUGGACUGAAGAGAUUAAGUAAUCUGGUGGACUUUCACCAGCUGUAACCAUAUGACAAAGCAGCUGGAUUUUGGAAUUUUUUUUUAUUGUACUCGGGAAUAGUAGAAGAGAAAAAUCCUGCAAAAAGGUUUCUUUAUUAUUUUAGUUAUGGGGAAGGCAGUUCACAGAAUGUUCAGUUGGCUUUCUUUCAUUUUAGAGAGUGAGGUAGUUUACAUACUCUGGGGGAAGAGUAUAACCAAUAGAAAGGGUGAUGACAGGGAGAGUGAGUUUACAUAUAUAUUUUUUAAUACACAGAACUAUUCUGGUUCAAAUUUUCUGUAUAUUCAUGUGUUGCAAUAUUGCAUAAAGUGUUGUUUCUACACAGUUGUGUUACAGUUUUUCUACUGCACUGCAUAAAAUGGCAGAAUAUAGGCCCUUUGGCUCCCUAGAGAGGAAAUCAUGUGCCCAAACAAAGAAGCCUGGGAUCCGCAGCCGCCUGCUGUUCGUAGGGAAAGUCUGUCAGCAAACCGUGCAGUAGAACAACACUAUUUAAUGGCACUGUCUCCUGUUACAGUGUUUACAUGACUUUCAAACGCCAGUUACCAAUUAUCUCGACAGUCUGCAAAAAGUUUACAAUCUCAGUUUCCCAGCUCCAGUCUUGGAAGCACAGAAGAAAAUCAUCUGUACUGUAAAUGUCUUUUUUUAGUAUGUGCUAGUUCGGGGGGGGUAGGAAAGCUACUGCUGAAGAUUGUGUUAAAAAGUUGUCUAGCUGAGAAUGAGGGUUUUAAAUGAACAAAUUUACUACUGUAGGUUGGCUGACAUCUGAUGUGUCUGUAUAGGGGAGACAAAUCUAAACCUGGGCAUAUGAUGUAAGAUCUGCUCAUUUGGCAAAGUUACCGAUCUUUCACCCAUGCAUUAUGCCAAAUUGUGAUGCUCCUGGACCAACAAUCAGAUCUUAAUGGGGGCACUAGGGAUACAAACCGGGAGAGGACCGCAUUAAUGGAUAUUUACCUGCCUGAGAUCUACCCAGUGUUCAGCCAGAUAUUUGUUGAGAAGGUGCCAUACAUGAGCAAAUAAGCUUUUAUCAACCCUUGUACAGCCACCUCUGUACAGAAGUGCACUGCCUGUACACUAUAACUAUUUAAUGAUUAAGGAGAAAAACACAAUAGAAAUCAGUGGUUGGCCUUUGCCUUAGUAUGCAUACUAUUGACCUUUAGCAUGUUCUGGCCUAAUGCACCCACACAAACACAAUAUGGAUAAAGUCAUGGUUAUGGCUUCUUUAGUAUAAAUAAAUAUGGGCCCCAAACUACCACUGGUAAUUAUUCCAUGAAUUCUUCUCUUACCAAAAGUAAUAUAUACCCAAAUAACUGGCACUGACGGUCCCCGUAUAUAUCACCACAGAUUGUGGGCAGUCUUUAUUGCCAAGUCUGUUAUUUUUCAGUUGUUUAUACUAUUCCUUAUGCUUCCUAAGCAGGUACAUUUUGCACAGAGGGGCAACAGUUUCUACUUAUGUGUUAGAGGGGAUCUACCAUAGCGUUAGCGCAUAUACAGUACAUGCCAAAAAAAAAAACAAUUAUUGGUUUUUAUUAAAAAGUAGCAAUAAAGAAUUUCACUGGCCCAGCGUGGCUUGUUUCUUCAGUGUGGAGCCAUUUAACAUGGUGUUAUUUACGGAGAGACAGUUUAGAGCAAACUACUGUUGGAUUACAUUUAGAGUACUUGUAUCCAUGCUAAGAAAGACUAACUUUUGUGUUGGACAUAUUUCCAGUCCUAAUACAAGUUAACUCUAUAGUAAAUUAUUUUAAUGUUCUUAUCAACUCUGCCAUUUAAUUCCCUAUCAAGCAGUUUGGAUAAUGCUUUUCUUUUCCAAGUUUAGUUUGUUUUUUUUUUAAUUUUAUUAGGAGCAAUAUCCAUAAUGUUUAAAGUUGUUUCUGUUACAUUUUGGUUUGUAUGCAUUGUACCUUUAGCGUGCUAUUAAAAUAUCACAGCAAA